AUGGCCCCCAGCGACGGCAUUGGAGAAGCAUUCGCCAACGAACUCUGCUCGCGAGGCUUCAAUGUCAUAUUACACGGUCGCAAUCCCAAGAAGCUAUCCACCGUCCAGUCCAAGUUGACUGCUGCGUUCCCCAAAGCCGAAAUCCGCACAUUCGUUGCCGAUGCAGCUGCCUCUUCUACGACCAACUCCGCUGCGAUCCAAGAUCUCGUCGACAGCAUCAAAGACUUGAAAUUGACUGUCCUUAUCAACAAUGUUGGCGGAGCAGGGAACCUGAAAGCUGCCUUUACGACAUUCGCGGAUCACACGACGAAGGAGAUUGACGAUAUGAUCUCAAUCAACAUGCUUUUCACCCUUCAUCUCACACAGGCUCUUCUCCCUCUGAUGAUCAAGCAAGAUUCUGCUCUCAUCAUGAACACCGGCUCCAGUUCCUACAUUGGACUACCAUACAUCACUGUUUAUUCUCCCACCAAGGCGUAUCUCAACGCAUGGGGAAAUGCUUUGUACACCGAAUUGCAAGCCGAGGGUAUCACCAAUGUUGAGGUGUUGACGGUGGUGUCCGGAAACACCCAAACCGGUCAAGAUACUCGUCCAGCGAACUUUCUUAGGCCAACUGCGAAGGCUUAUGUUAAGGGAGCGUUGGCGAAAGUCGGAUGUGGACGUACGAUUGUUGUGGGAUAUUUCUCACAUGCAUUGCAAUCUGCUGUCACGGAGCUGUUGCCUCGAUGGGCGCAGAGAAAAGUCCUCGGCAUGGCCCUUAAGCCAUACAAGGGGAAGAAUCUGGACGAGUAA